AUGAGAGGCAUGAACAGUGUGGUACUAGACUCUGAAUCAGAUGAGGAGAUAUCUGGGUCAUCCAUGAUGUUGUUGGGAGACCCAGCCCGUAAGAGGAGACUAGAGGUGUGUAACAGCUCCCAGGAGAGUGGGGCAUCCAACUCCAGCAAGAAACCAGCCCUCCAGGAAGAUUUAGUUUGUGAAGGGACAGAUCCUCUGGUUUUCCAGGAGGCAUCGCCGGUUGAGCUGUCUCUCAUCUCUGGCUGCUCUGUGAAGAAGGCCCGGAGGAUUGUCGAGCUGCGCCCAUUUAACGAGUGGGAGAAUCUGGUGGCUGUUCUCGACAGAGGGAACGGCCUCUCCACUGACCUGGUGCAGGGCUGUUGUGUGGUCCUGAGGGAACAGGACGUGGCGCGCAGCCUCUUGACCAAGUGUGAGAACAUCACCAACAAGAUGAUGCAGGACGUGACUCAAGUGGUGGAGAGGGACAAGGGCUUCCAGAAACAGCCUGAGAUCCUCAACAGCAAGUUCCAGUUGAAGCCUUAUCAGCUAAUUGGUCAAAAUUGGCUGACUCUGCUAUACCAGAACAACCUGAGUGGAAUCCUUACUGAUGAAAUGGGUUUGGGGGAAGACCAUCCAGGCCAUCUCUUUUCUGUUUUCUUGUUAAAGCAAGGAACAACAAAGUUACGUCACAUUGUAAAGAUUCCACGUUACCAUGGAAACAGAGUCAACUGCACGAAUGCCCGGCUGUCCCGUCUUCAAUCAGCUAUUAGUUCGUUCUUCAUCCAUAAUCGUCGGUUAUAUGGGUCUGUGGAGGAUCGCAGGUUCCUUCGAUAUGAUAUUCUCCACAAAUGGGUCGACUACAACAUAAUAAUUUCCCGCCAAGUAGCAUCUGCUGCUGACGUGGACCCCAGUGCAGAACAACCUCCUGGAGCUCAUGUCACUGCUCAACUUCAUCAUGCCCAAUAUGUUCUCCAGCAGCACUGCACAGCUUGCCAACAUGUUUGUCAUGAAAUCUACAGAGGAGCAGAGCAGCUUUGAGAUGGAGAGGAUCGCUUAUGCCAAACUUAUCAUGAAACCCUUCAUCCUCAGACGUGUCAAGAGUGAGGUAAGGACCGGCUUGGUCUAAACUCAUUACCUGAUAUGGUUAUGGCAUGAUUUGGGACUGUGAUAUCGUAUGAUGCACACUAUAUGAAUGUUCAUGAUCAGUGUGAAAUCCUAUGAACUUGGGCUAGGAUCAGUACGUCUGGACUCGCAUAGUUCGAGCGGGUCAAGGACGCCAUGAUGAUGGCUGUUCCGUUCUCCAGACCCCUGUCGGAUGUCCUGAUAGUUUUCUCACAUGUCAGAAAUUUGGGUUGUGCAGCUUGUGGAAUGAGCACUGCUACGACGCGAUUGGGCAAAGACUGCUGCCAAUGACCAAAACAAUGAUGGCGAAGAGGAAAUCAACAACAACACACACCAUGUGGACCAAGGUAACGGAAGACAGAUUAGUGGAGCUGUGGAGUGAACGCUGCUUCCUUUUCAAUGGGUGAGUUUGUUUUACAUGUCCCGCGGUGCCCCGCAACCACACUGCACACUGCCCUAACCCAUCUGGACAAGAGGAAUACCUAUGUGAGAAUGCUGUUCAUCGACU